GUAGACAAUCCUGAUUCCGAAUAUGUAAACCGCUAAUGGAACGGAUUAGAACACUAUCCAAACAAAACCUUAUUAAUCUCACGUUAAAAAAAAAUUAGAAGCUGAUUAGGAAUCGACCCAUGAUUUAUUGAAAUCAAACUCGGCUCAUGCAGUCAUAUGGAUUUUGGGCUUCAUUGGCCUUUGUAAUCUCUUUACUGUUAUUAGCUUUCAAUGGUGUCUUCUCUUAUUACAUCAAUUCUCAGAAAAUCACUUGUUUGAUUCUCUUCUCAGUGUUGUUUCUCUCUGUCUCUGCUGUGUUGGUUUCUCUUGACGAUGAUUCGAAUAGCCCAUCAGGAGAUUCUAAGUGGAGUUACUUGGUUGGUUGUUUCUGUACAGUUCUUGCUUCUCUUAUCUAUUCUCUUCAGAUCUCUCUUGUGCAGUUUUCAUUCGAGAAGAUUCUCAAGAGUGAUAUUUUCGCUAUAGUUCUCGAGAUGCAGAUCUAUACUUCGCUUGUGGCUUCUUGUGUUGCGGUUAUCGGGUUGUUUGCAAGCGGGGAAUGGAUGUUGUUGAGUGCGGAGAUGGAGAAGUUUCAGGAGGGACAAGUCAUUUAUGUUUUGACUUUGGUUGGGACAGCGGUGUCGUGUCAACUGGGUUCUGUAGGAUCCAUGGCGCUUAUAUUUCUGGUGUCUUCGCUGUUUUCAAACUUUAUUGGUACACUCUCACUCAUUGUUACGCCUCUUGCAGCCAUUGCCGUGUUCCACGACAAGCUGACUGAGGUUAAGAUGGUCGCGAUGCUCAUUGCCUUCACGGGAUUCGCGUUUUAUAUCUACCAGAACUAUCUUGAUGACUUGAAAGUACAAAGAGCACGAGAAGCUCAGGCCGAAUGAUUUUAUUGAACUCUACUAAAGAAGCUCUAAAGAUUGACAUUGAGUAUUGUUUCUCGGUUGCAUGUAACCGCUUCUUCACAACCUCUUAUAAAAGUGAAUUUUAUUU